CUUUGAACUGCACCCAUCUCCGACCGGCGUCACGAAAUGCGACCGCGUCAUACCGCGCCAGAGGUGGUCCCAGGCCCCCCGGACAUCGAAGGAGGAGGAAACAGCUAUGGAAAGACCAUCUCAAUGGCAGGUUCGGGUGGUCGGCCCAUCAUCCAACCCUUCGAGGGCUAUGGUUCUGAUGCCAAGUCCAAGGGCAAGAGGUCUGGCCUGACGGCCGACAAAGAUUUUCUGCAGAAGGUCGCCAUGGGCAUUGCAGGGAUUUGGCUGGUGGGUUGGCUCUUGAUGGGGUGGGAUUUGAUGUGGCCACUCUACAUUGUCUUUGAUAUCUUUGGCUACUUCUUGUCCUUUCCUCCCUUCUCCUGGCUCUCCUGGAUUUUCGGCGGAUGGUCCUCCCGGGGAGCACCGCUCCUGAACAACGGCCAGCACGUGGAGGAGGUGACGUUACCUCAAAGUCAGGUAUCUCAGUACGCCGACAGCUACGUGCAGCAAUACGGUGAUGCGGCGUUGAUCUUCUCUACCCAUGAUGGGUACCCACAAAUUGUUCGCGAGCUGCUGCAGAAUGAGGAUAUGGGAUACAGGGAUUUGUUGGAUGCCCGUGAUGACAGUGGGAACACGGCCCUGAUCUAUGCGGCAGCCAAGGGCUUCCGCCUCUGCACCGCCGCCUUGCUCCGCGCUGGCGCCGACCCCGAGCUGCGCAACGAGGGCAACGGUG